CCUAAUUAAUUCGUGAUUUCCAACCACAAAAAAAUACCUCUUCUCUCUCCUUCAUAAGCUCACCACAUUCUCAACUCUGCAACAACUCAACAAUGGAUCCUUAUGAAUUCCUUCAUCUAUCUCCAAACCCAGACGGUUCACUCGCUAGAAAUUACCUUUUUCCUUCAGUACCUCCAGUUGAGAAACCCCUCAGUGAUCCAAGCAAGCCCCAACUCGCUCUUUCCAAAGACAUCCCUCUUAACCCUACCAAGAAUACCUUUAUUCGCAUCUUUCUCCCUUCAAACCAACCACCAAGCACUAAACUUCCUGUCAUUCUUUACUUUCAUGGAGGUGGUUUUGUUCUUUUUAGCGUUGCUUCUCUUCCUUUCCAUCAAUCUUGUUGUGCCAUGGCUUCGAACUUCCCUGCUUUAAUCCUGUCCGUUGAGUAUCGUCUUGCACCUGAACAUCGCCUCCCUGCAGCGUACGAUGAUGCAAUGGAUUCUCUCGCGUGGGUCCGCGACCAAGCAAUCAAUGGCGACGAUCCUUGGUUGAAAGAAUACGGAGAUCUUUCCAAGUUUUUCUUAAUGGGCAGUAGCGCCGGUGGUAACAUUGUGUACCAUGCUGCUUUACGUGCGCUGGAUGCUGAUCUUUCGUCUAUUAGGAUCAAAGGGCUGAUAAUGAACGUGCCUUAUUUUGGUGGGGUCAAUAGGACCGAGUCCGAGAUUAGAUUGAAAGAUGAUAAGAUCUUGCCGAUGCCAGCCAACGAUCUGCUGUGGUCACUUGCAUUGCCUAAAGAUGCUGAUCGUGACCACGAGUAUUGUAACCCCAUCGUUGCUGGAUCCAAUGAUGAUGGGAAGAUCAGACGGCUGCCGAUGUGUUAUGUUAAAAUUUAUGGCGGGGACCCCCUUUCGGACAAGCAGAAGGAGUUCUCGAAGAUGCUAGAGUCACUUGGGGUUCACGUGGUGACAAGUUCUGAUCCCGAUGGCUACCAUGCCGUGGAGCUCUUUGAUCCUAGAAAAGCUAAAGCUUUCUAUGAUGAAGUCAAGGAAUUUAUCAGCACUGCUUCACCCGCCACCAACUCCUCCAUGUGAGAAAGGAGACUGCAAAAUUUCGUAGUAUCUUCUUUGAUUUUAUUUACUUUGAGUCACCAAAAUCUAUAUAUUGGCAAUAAAAUGAUACUCAGAGGAUACCAUGUUCUCGUCUAGUACUUUUUAUGUUGUUUUCAAUAAAGAAUCGUAUUCGUGUGAUUUAA